AUCUGGAGCCGCAGCUGGACUGUUGUGGUGGAGUAGCGUGAUUAUUUUCAGCCCCUGAAAAUGGUCAAAUCUGGGAAACUUCGCUCCGGGACAGGGUCGAAACUGAAACGGUGGAAGAAAGGACACAGCAGCGACUCCAACCCGCAGACGAGUCGUUUCCGACAGGCUGCUAAAAGCCGAUACUUCAGCAGACCCUCCGAUAAGAGCGACCUAACAGUCGAUGCUCUGAAGCUGCACAAUGAGCUGCAGACGGGCCCGCUGGAGCUCAGUAGCCGUAAAGAUGCCCGCAUGGAAGAGGAGCCGGAUGAGGCGUUUUCAGACAGGACCUCCGGCACCUUCCUCAGCGGCCUGUCGGACUGCUCCAACCUGACGUUCAGAAAGGUGCAGCGCUACUGGGAGUCCAAUUCAGCUGCUCACAAAGAGAUCUGUGCAGUGUUAGCAGCUGUUACUGAGGUGAUCCGAAGCCAAGGAGGGAAGGAGACAGAAACAGAGUACUUUGCAGCUUUGAUGACCACCCUGGAAGUUGUGGAUUCAGCAGAGUCGCAGGCCGCCGUGGCGUACCUCCUCAACCUCGUCAUGAAACGUGUUCCUGCUCCAGUGCUCAUGUCUAAGUUUUCCGACACCACAAAGGCUCUGAUGGACGUCAUGUCUGGACAGGCGACGUCUGAGACGGCCUCCGCUCUCAGAUGGGUCCUGUCAUGUCUGGCUACUUUAUUAAGGAAGCAGGAUGCGUCAGUGUGGACGUACCCGACUACUCUUCAGGCUUACCACGGCCUUCUCAGCUUCACUGUACACAGCAAACCUAAGGUCCGUAGAGCAGCACAGCAGGGUGUUUGUGCCAUUCUCAGAGGAAGUGACUUCCUGUUUAAAGAUAACGCUCCGACCCAUCACCCUGCUGCCAUGACAACGGCCAAGUUCUGCAUCAAGGAAAUGGAGCAGGCGGGAGGCAGCAAAGAGGACACCACCACCCUGCAUGUGCUGGGUCUCCUGAAGGAGCUGAUGGGGUCGUUUCCUUUGGGAGCGGUCAAGUCGUGCUGUGAGACUCUGCUGCGAGUGAUGACGCUCAGCCACGUGCUGGUGACGGCGAGCGCCAUGCAGGCCUUUCACCGACUGUUCAGUGGGAAGCCAAACGCUUCAACCCUCUCCCCAGAACUCAACGCACAGAUCAUCACGGCUCUGUACGACUACCUGCCCAGUGAGAACGACCUGCAGCCUCUGCUGGCCUGGCUCACCGUCAUGGAGAAAGCACACGUUCACUUGGCAAGUCUGCAGAGUUCUUUGAGUUUGGGUCACCUCCCUCGCCUCUUCUCUUCUGCCAUGUCCUGCCUGCUGUCGCCUCACACACAGGUGGUUUCUGCAGCCGCUGGCACACUAAAGACUUUGUUGGCUGAAUGUGUUGCCCCUCACAUGGGGGAAAUGGGAACAAUCACAGCUUCAGUAUCUACAGGAAACCCUUCCUACGUCUGCAAAAUGUUUCGCAUCGUAGAGGAAGGAUUGUCCUAUCGUUUCCAUGCCUCUUGGCCUUUUGUGCUGCAGAUACUGGGCAGCUUUUGAGCAGCAGGGAAACAAGCUCACCCCAUCAUGACAAAGUCCCUGCAGUCUCUGGCAGACCUGCGCUCCACCCCUCAGUUCCCCUUCAGUGGAGAGCUGGACCUGGCUGUAGGGGGCGCUGUGGAGACCAUGGGGCCAGAGGUGGUGCUAGGCGCUGUUCCUCUCAACAUCACCGGCUACGAUGAUGACUUGGAGUUCCCUCGCAGCUGGCUGAUCCCGGUGAUUCGUGAUCACGUGAAGAAGACGCACCUCGGUUUCUUCUCUUCCUAUUUCCUCCCUCUGGCUUCUACACUCAAGCAGAGAGCUGAAGAAUUGGAGCAGGCUGGACAGAAACUUGAGGCCAAAGUCUAUCAGACGUUACAGCUACAGAUCUGGACCAUGCUCCCUGGCUUCUGUACGUCUCCUGUGGACCUGCUGACAUCCUUUAAAAGCAUCGCCCGGGUACUCGGUAUGGCUAUUAAUGAAAGGCCAGACCUGAAGCUGACAGUGUGUCAGGCCGUACGCACAGUCAUCAACAAGGGCUGCUCCACUGAAGAAGAAAAGGCAGAGGUGGGCCGCUUCUCGAAGAACUUCCUGCCCAUCUUUUUCAACGUGUACAGCCAGCCGCCUGCAGCAGGCGAGCCCGCCACCAACAGGAUGGCGGUCCUCGACACCAUCAAGGUGUACUUAACAGUCACAGAAACAGAGAUGAUCUGCACAUUCCUGCAAAAAGCCACGGACAGACUGAGCAGCACGGAGACAAAUGAGUCCACGCGGCUGGCGAUGAUGGACCUUGUGGUUGCCAUGGCUCCCUUGGUAGAUGAGGUGACCAUGACGAAAACAUUUGAGCUGAUCAGGCCAUAUCUGGAGACCAAAGAACCAGGCAUGCAGAAGAAGGCAUACCGCGUGCUGGAGGAGAUGUGCGGAGGAGAGAGAGAACAUUGCAGGUCGUUUGUCGUUAACAAUCUGGAAACUCUAAAAGUGGUCCUGCUGGAGACUCUGAAGAACGCCUCUUCACCUGCCAAACGGCCCAGACUGAAGUGUCUGAUCCACAUCGUGAAAAGGCUCAACGAGGAGCACAAAGACUUCAUCACUGCUCUGCUGCCAGAGGUGAUCAUAUGCACAAAGGAGGUGUCUGUGGGAGCUCGUAAGAACGCUUACACCCUGCUGGUGGAAAUAGGAAACGCAUUUGUCCGCUUCUGUGGAAACAAAAAGGAUGCCAUGGAGCAGUUUUUGAUACUGGUGUAUGCAGGACUCACAGGCUCCGUCACCAUGAUCACCUGCACAGUGUUGGCUCUAACUCGUCUGGUGUUUGAAUACAAAGAGGCCAUUGAGUUGAGCACCACAGAGCAGCUGCUGCACAACGUGUGUCUGCUGCUCUCCUCUCGAACCAGAGAGAUCGUCAAGGCCGCCUUAGGCUUCAUCAAGGUCCUCCUCUUCAUCAUGGACCCCAAGACGCUGGCAUCACACGCCACUGUCAUGAUGGAAGGUGUUGGGAGCAUCAAAGACGACGUGAGGAGACACUUCAGAACCAAACUCAAGAACAUCUUCACCAAGUUCAUCAAAAAGUUUGGUUUUGAGCUGGUGAAGAGUAUGCUGCCCGCAGAACACCACAAGGUUCUUGCAAACAUCCGCAAGGCCGAGGCGCGCACCAUGAGACGGAAACAGGCCUCAGAGCAGCAGGAGGACUCGGAGAGCGAAGAGGAGACACCUAAAGCAAAGAGCAAAAGUAUUGAGGAGAUCCUUGCAGAGUUGGACAGCGAUAUGUCAGAGGAUGAAGGGAAGCCUGGAAAGGCUCAGAAGAAAGGAGGCAAACAGCAGAAAGGACGGGCCUGGCUCAAAGAGGGAGAGGAGGAUGACCCACUUAACUUCCUGGAUCCUAAAGUUUCCCAGAGAGUUCUAGCCACAAACCCAGCGAGGAAGAGGAGCGCCAAGGUAGAGCACGGCUUCAAGGUGACGUCAGACGGACGGCUGAUCAUCAGAGAGGAGGAUGAGGAGGAUGUUAAAGAUAAAGAUGAUGGCGAUAUUAAAGACAUACUAGAAGAGGCUGGAGUCAAGAGUGUGAAAAAAGACCAAAAAAGGAGGUUCCGAGAUGACAACUUGGAUGAGGACAUGGAUAUUGAACCACAGCUGAAGUAUAAAGCUGGAGGCUCAGGUAUCCACAGGCCGCUGGGAGGAAGGCCCGACUUCGGGUCUGACUACAAGUCAAAGAAAGGAAAAGGAGAUGUGAAGAAAACAGGGAAGCUGGAUCCUUACGCUUACAUCCCCCUGAAGAAGGAGCAGCUCAAUCGCAGGAAGCGUGCCAAAAUGCAGGGCCAGUUCAAGGGCAUGGUGAGGGGAGCCCAGAAGGGGGCGAUGUCUGGAAAGAAAAUGCAUAAAAAGAGGAAAGCCUGAAGAUCCUCAUCCUCGUACUAUGCCAUGGACUUUAAAUGUGUUGUGUGCGUAUAAACAUACAAAGAUGCAGAUGUACACCUUGCGUACGGGUGUAUAUGUCUGUGUGUGUUUCAGAGUGACUGUCAUUGAAGGUGAAGCCAGUUUGUUUUUAAACUGCUCCACCUUUCUAAGCUUUAGAGGUGCUACAUCUUUCAUGACAGUCGAGAGGGACAGUGUGUGUUGGAUGUCUCUCUGCCUUUCAUGAAAAAUGUAUUUAUGUGUGAACAUUGCAAUCUGUAGGUCGACAACAUGAUGGUUUUGAGAGAGUAUUAUCUGCUUUUGUUAUUGUGUUGUUUGGUCACCGGAGGGCGCUGUAGACUUCCUUCAUAUAAACAGUGAAUGAAAGUGUUCAUGAAUGCAUCUAAGAUGAUUUAAAACAGAAUGUAAAGCUGUUUUUGGUCUAAAAAUGUAAGACUCCAUUAGAUUUUUCAAAAUAUCUUUUUUUUUUCCCCAAGUUUCUGUCCUUAAAGGCAAAGAGAGAAGCUGUAGGUUGUUGUUGUGCAGGAUGAGUUAACGUACCAUUACCCACAUGUGAUUCAUCCCCACAGAUGGAUUGCAGCAAAAUGAGUCAUGUAGUGGCAGACUGACCUCCUAAUCGGACUCUGGUGUGUGUGUGUGUUCAGUGUGCCAGUCAACGUUUUCUCAGAAGGAUGGUUAAAAUCACCGACUGACUCAGAGCGUUCUCAGACCAGACAUCAUCAUCAUCUGUAACAUGUUUUAAAUUACAUAAAGUAGCUUCAGAAAGAGGCCAAACCACCUCAUCUGAUACAUACUUUACAUACGUUUUAAACAGAGAAAGUAAUUUUUUUGCUCCUCACAAAAAUCUGUAAAAUUAAGUAAAAUAAUUUUUUGGUAAUGAAAUGUAAGAAGAGUGACAGUACCUUGCCUCAAGUGAAGCAAAAAUGAUUUAGAGCUCCCCCUACUGACUGGCUGCAGUACAGGUCUUUAAUCCCGCCUCCUCGAUGUGAUAAAAAAUGAGACAUGGGUCAAACACUGAAAUCAAACUCGUGUCAAAUACAUUUUUCUCCAACCUCG